GACGAUGGGGGCGCUGCUGGCGCUCUGUUUCCUCGUGGGUUUGCUGCGCUGUGGCCCGGCGGACGCACAGCAGUCUGGGGAAUACUGCCACGGCUGGGUGGACGCUCAGGGCAACUAUCACGAGGGUUUCCAGUGCCCCGAGGACUUCGACACGCAGGACGCCACCAUCUGCUGCGGCUCGUGUGCGCUGCGCUACUGCUGCGCUGCAGCCGACGCCAGGUUGGAGCAGGGCGGCUGCACCAACGACCGCGGAGAGCUGGAGCAUCCCGGCAUUACCGCGCAGCCUGUUUAUGUCCCCUUCUUGAUCGUCGGCUCCAUUUUCAUCGCCUUCAUCAUCUUGGGCUCUUUAGUGGCUAUUUAUUGCUGCACCUGUUUGAGACCCAAGGAGCCCUCCCAGCAGCCAAUCCGCUUCUCACUCCGCAGCUACCAGACAGAGACCUUGCCCAUGAUCCUCACCUCCACCAGCCUCAGAGCACCUUCCAGGCAGUCCAGCACGGCCACCAGCUCCAGCUCCACAGGGGGCUCUGUCCGGAGGUUCUCCUUUGCCAGGCCUGAGCCAGGCUGCCUGGUACCCUCAUCACCUCCACCUUACUCCACUGGCCAUGCCAUACACCUAACCCAGCCGUCCGGUUUCCUGGUGUCACCCCAGUAUUUUGCCUACCCUCUGCAGCAGGAGCCCCCAUUACCUGGGAAGAGCUGUCCGGAUUUCAGUUCCAGUUGACGGGUGGCGGCUAUGAAUAGGCCGCAUGGUGAAGUGGGAGCCAGGUGGGGUGUUGCUACACUGGCUGAGUCGCCCGCACUUUUGAGGAAAUUUGUGGUAACCUAUCACGAUCGUGGAAGAGAGGUCCAGAAAGACACAGCACUUUUUGGUCUUGAAGUCCUUGGCUACGGACAAGAUCUGACUUUGCAAACAUGGUGAACGCUACGACAUAUUCAUCUUUUGUUAAAAUAUUCGGCAGUUUUCAGGCUGAAGGAAAAUAUCUCACUGGACAGUUCAGCUAUUCUUUGUAGAAAGGUGUCCUAUGUUCCUUUUCCUGUGUUGACUGAAUUAUAAUUGCAAAUAUAUUCAUAAAUAAGGAAGGAAACACACUUAAUUGUAAUUAUAAAGGUUCACUUAAAAUUUAAUUGUUAAGUAAAUUCGAGGGGCCAGUGAACCACCUAUUUAUAAUUUUGGGAGUAAUCUAACCAUAAGUAAUAUUAGUAUAAUGAGAACAUUUACUUCUUAAAUUAAUAACAAAUUUUGUUUAAAACGUAAGAGUUUUUUUUUUCCAAAAUACGAGGUGUCAGUAACCACACGGGGUAACUAUAGCUUUAAAUAUAGACUCAGACAUUCAUUGUUGCACAGACUCUGUGUAAAAUCACUUCCCCUGCCAUCCCGGGGGAAUAUUUAUUGCAGACUUUUUGUUCAGCAAUAUUAGUGUUUAAAAAUAAAAGUAGGACA